AUCUGACAUUUUCUUCUUCUUAUAGAGAGAGAAAUCUCUAAUUUUGAUUUUUGAAUGGAGAUUUUGUUGUUUCUCUCUCUGUAUGUUCUGUCUUCUUCCGUUAAAGCUCCAGUACUUUAACUGGUAAGCUAUUUUCAAAAGUGCUGUGUAACAGCUACAUUUAGCUCCAGUACUUCCCCACUUCAAAAUUCUACUCAUUUUCUUUUAUUAGAAAAACCCAAUUUUCUUUUAGAAGAAGGGCAAAUAAUAAACAGAAAAGUUUUUUUGGGGUACAUGCAAUUUUCUGGUUUGUGGUCAGCAUUGAGAUUUGAGGGUCUUUUGAUCCAAAAGUUUCAAUCUUUUUACCAAAGGGAAGGCUUUUUUUUUUAGAAGAAGAGCUCCAGCUUGAGAAGGGAGUGCAAGGAUUUUAGGAUCAAGCUAUUUUUGGUUCCUUUCAGCUGAGUAAAAAGGGUGCUUCUUUGUUUCUGAAAUCUUAAAUGUUGGUUCUUUAGCUUUUUCUUCAUUUGAUCUAAGAUUAAACAGGGUGAGAAUGAGAAUGAAAAAGUAUUGGAAGUCUUUAAGUGGCUGAUAAAGCUUUGAGUGACUUGGAUGACAGCCAAAAGAGUAGUCAAUUAGAGUUCUAUUCAGCAGUGGUAUAGAAUCUGAUCCUUCGCCUAUUACUUCAUAUCAUGGUGGAUGAUAGUGGAACAAAUAUGGUCGAUAUCUUGUCGGUGGAAGAGUGGCUCUCGCGUGCACAAGCGCUUGUGCCUGUUGCACUUGAGAAGGCAAGAGAGGUUAAAGGAUUCCCUGGUAGAUGGAAGAUGAUUAUUUCAAAAUUGGAACAGAUCCCAAACCGACUGUCUGAUUUAUCUAGUCAUCCUUUCUUCUCAAAGAAUGCUCUUUGUAAGGAGCAGUUACAGACUGUAUCGAAGACAUUAAAUGAAGCUGUUGAAUUGGCAGAGAAGUGCGUGAAAGAGAAGUACGAGGGAAAACUUCGGAUGCAAAGUGAUUUAGAUGCAUUGUCAGGGAGAUUGGAUUUGAAUUUGCGUGAUUGUGGGCUCUUAAUCAAGUCUGGAGUGCUUGGUGAGGUUACUUUCCCAUCAGCUGUUGCAAGCACAUCUGCGGCCCCUGAGGCAGCAGUACAUGGAAAUUUACGAGAAUUGCUUGCUCGGCUUCAGAUUGGCCACUUGGAGGCUAAACAUAAGGCUCUUGAUAACCUUCUUGAAGUCAUGAAAGAAGAUGAGAAAAAUGUUUUGGCUGUCCUAGGUCGAAGCAAUAUUGCGGCUCUAGUCCAAUUAUUAACUGCUACUUCUCCUCGAAUGAGGGAAAAGACAGUAACUGUAAUUUGCUCGCUUGCAGAAUCCGGGAGUUGUGAGAAUUGGCUUGUUUCAGAAGGUGUUCUCCCUCCUCUUAUACGUCUCGUUGAAUCUGGUACAACUGUGAGCAAAGAGAAGGCUACCAUUUCUCUCCAGAGAUUGUCAAUGACAGCAGAAACAGCUCGUUCUAUUGUUGGACAUGGUGGGAUUAGGCCUCUAAUCGAGAUAUGCCGAACCGGUGAUUCUGUUUCACAGGCUGCUGCUGCUUGUACCUUAAAGAAUAUAUCUGCUGUGCCAGAAGUUCGACAAGCUCUAGCUGAAGAAGGAAUCAUAAAAGUUAUGAUAAAUCUCCUCGAUUGUGGAAUACUGUUGGGAUCUAAAGAGUAUGCAGCUGAAUGCCUGCAAAAUCUAACUUCCGGAAAUGAUGAUCUUCGACGAUCAGUUGUGUCAGAGGGUGGAAUCAGAAGCCUGUUGGCAUACUUAGACGGUCCACUGCCCCAAGAAUCAGCUGUAGGAGCCUUGAGAAAUUUGGUUGGCUCUGUCUCAAUGGAGGUUUUAAUCUCGCUUGGUCUCCUUCCGAGGUUGGUUCAUGUCCUGAAGUCAGGAUCACUUGGUGCACAACAGGCUGCAGCAUCAGCAGUCUGUCGAAUUUGCACCUCAACUGAGAUGAAGAAACUUUUGGGCGAAGCUGGAUGCAUUCCUCUCCUUAUUAAGAUGUUGGAGGCUAAAGCAAAUGGGGUGAGGGAAGUUGCUGCUCAAGCGAUUGCUAGCCUAAUGUCCAUUGCACAUAAUUGCAGGGAAGUCAAGAGGGACAAUAAGAGCGUGCCAAAUUUGGUACAGCUGCUUGAUCCAGCUCCUCAAAACACUGCCAAGAAGUAUGCUGUUGCUUCCCUUUCCUUGCUUUCCUCGAGCAAGAAAUGCAAGAAACUGAUGAUUUCAUAUGGAGCAAUUGGCUAUCUAAAGAAGCUAACUGAGAUGGAUAUUCCUGGUGCGAAGAAGCUACUCGAACGCUUAGAAAGAGGGAAAUUAAGAAGCAUGUUUAGCAGAAAAUAGGUAGGCCAAAAAGUUACUGUCCUUGUACAAUGAAAUCUUACUCUUAAACCAUAAUGUCAAUUGUAGCUCAAGGGGAGGAUUUAGGACGCAAAAGCCUGUUGAUCUAUGCUGUCAAUGGUUUUAAAUAAAACCUCCGGACCAUUUGUAUAACUACUGUCAAGUUAUAUUUAUCAGUAUCUUAUCUGCUAAAAGGAAAACGUUCUAUUAUCAUCC